AUGCAGUUUUUCUUGACUGUUAAAAAAGUUCAUUCUGUAUUGACUGUUCCUAGGCCUGUUAUUCCUGAUAAUGCUGAAGAAGAUGAAACAGUUUAUCUGAAUAGUGAAAUAGAAACUUGGAAUGAAACUGAUUUCACGUGCAAGAAUUAUAUUCUUAAUGGUCUGUCUGAUAACUUGUAUGACUAUUAUAAUAUGGAAAAUUCUGCUAAGGAUUUGUGGGAUGCCCUGCAAAAGAAAUAUGAUACUGAAGAAGCAGGUGCCAAAAAGUAUGCUGUCAAUAGGUAUCUGAAGUUUCAGAUGACUGAUGAAAAGUCCGUGGAAGUGCAAUCCCACGAGCUUCAGAAAAUUGCCCAUGAGAUAAUUUCCGAAGGUAUGGCCCUUGUUGAACAAUUUCAAAUUGCUGUUAUUAUUGACAAAAUUCCUCCUUCUUGGAAAGAUUUCAAAAAUAAUCUCAGGCACAAGACUAAGGAAUUCUCCUUAGAAAGUUUGAUCACUCGGCUCCGUAUAGAAGAAGAAUCCAGAAAACAGGACCAGAAGGAAGAAAUCUUACAGGUCACUAACAAUGCUCCUAAGCGAUCUGCUGCAGAUCUCAAGCCUGCUGGUAAGAAUUUCAAACCUCAGAACCGGAAGAAUAACUUCAACAAAAGUAAACAGAAUGUUCAAAAGAACAAUGAAAAGCAACAGUCUCAACCCCCUAAGAAUGGUACUGGUCAAUAUAUGCUAUAG